AUGGCGUCCAAGGAGGCCGAAGCUGAGGCUCGCGACAAGGGCAAGUCGGUAGAGAAAGAGGAGGAACAGGAGCAGGUUGAGAAAUUCUCACCUGAAGAAGAGGCGUCUCUUUUGGCCGAGUCUAACGCCAGGAAAACCGAGGCCAACGCACUCUUCGCCUCAUCGAAAUAUGACGAUGCCAUCACCAAGUAUGACGAGGCCGUCGCCGCAUGCCCCAACUACCUCGACUACGAGCUGGCCGUCCUGCGCUCCAACAUUUCCGCCUGCCAUCUGAAGCUCGAGCAAUGGAAAGAAGCCAUCUCCAGUGCUACCGCCGCCCUUGAAGGCCUUGACAGGCUUGAAAAGGAGAUCGCUCUAGAGAAGGAGCGCCGCGAGAAGGAGAAGGCAGCUGAGGAAGAGGAGAUUGAGGAGGAGAUUAUCAGUCCCGGCGCGAGCAAAGCUGCUCCCGCGCCGUUGGAACCUGAGGAAGACCCGGAGGAGAUUGCCCGGAAGAAGCGCCUUGAAGACAUUUUGAGAAUUCGGGCCAAAGCUCUGAUGCGCAGGGCGAGGGCGCGCAGUGAAGAGGGAGGAUGGCAGAACUUAGCUGGCGCCGAGGAGGAUUACAAGACGCUUUCGCAAAUGACGAACCUUUCGCCCACGGACCGCAAGAUCGUGCAGACGCAGUUGCGCCUGCUGCCACCACGGACUAAGGCUGCGCAGGAGAAGGAGACGGCCGAGAUGUGGGGGAAGCUCAAAGAUUUGGGUAACGGUAUCUUGAAGCCGUUCGGUCUCAGUACCGACAACUUUCAGAUGGUCAAAGACGAGGCUACCGGCGGCUACAGCAUGAAUUUCACUCAGGGCCAGGGUAAAUAA